UUCUCUGCAGCUUCCGUACUUACAUGUGUGUGUAACUGUGCUCAAGAUGAAUGCGUAUAAGUUUUUUUGGAAUACAAGGACGAAAUAAAGUAGAGUGCAGUUGUUAAGUAAACUACAGUAGGUUUACUCGUUAUGAACUGUAAACAUCAGCGACCUGUUUAACAUUCAGCUGCUUGACUUAAAAACAUAAAACACAUGAUUAUGUUUUUAAACAUUUCAAUAGCAAAAUGAGGCUCCUACAGAUGUAUUGGAGGACUGCGUGUUCAUGUAAAGAGCGGAUGAUUCAGAGAGCACACAAACACUCAACAGCACAACUCUCAGAGAAGAAACUGAGCCGGUAUUUUGUGGAUCAUCGCAGGGUAAGGGUUGUGGCAGGUGCAGGGGGUGAUGGAGCUUCCACCUUCCACAGUGAGCCCAGGAAAGAGUGGGGUGGUCCAGAUGGGGGUAAUGGAGGUUCUGGAGGAGACAUCAUCCUUAAAGUGCAUCCACAUGUGAAAUCACUUGCUUCAGUGGCAGCAUUGUAUCAUGGGAAAAAUGGAGAGCCAGGAAGGAGUAAAAAUCGCUAUGGACGGAAUGCCAGUCCCACCUACAUUUUAGUUCCUUUAGGCACCAUUGUAAAAGAAGAGGGUAAGACAGUGGCAGACCUCUCGCGUCAUGGGCAGCUGUAUACUGCUGCCUAUGGAGGUGCAGGGGGCAAGGGGAACCACUUUUUUUUGUCCAAUGAAAACAGAGCUCCAACUACCGCCACGCCAGGAGACAGGGGACAGGAACGGAUCUUUCAGCUGGAGCUGCGUACCAUGGCCCAUGCAGGAUUGAUUGGGUUUCCAAACGCAGGAAAGUCAUCUCUGUUACGUGCCAUAUCUAAUGCCCGACCAGCUGUGGCAGCUUACCCCUUUACCACACUAAACCCUCACGUGGGCAUUGUUCAAUACAGAGACCACGAGCAGGUGGCAGUAGCUGACAUUCCUGGACUGAUUCCAGAUGCUCAUUUGAAUCGUGGCCUUGGCAUUUCUUUUCUACGACAUGUUGAGCGCUGUCGUAUUUUGUUGUACGUACUGGACAUGUCUUGUGCCGAACCCUGGGAGCAGCUGCAGCAGCUGUGCUUUGAGCUGGAACAGUACAAAACACAACUGUCACACAGACCUAAUGCCAUCGUGGCCAAUAAAAUGGACUUGCCGAAUGCAAGGAAGAACCUUGAGGCUUUGAGGAACCAUGUAGAUCAGCGGAUCAUUCCUGUUUCUGCACUGACAGGAGACAACAUAGAGCAGCUCAUCCUACACUUGCGAGAGCUGUACGACAGCUACCCGUUGGACAGUCACAAGUGAUAUUGCAGAAAUUCAUAAACAUGAUUAUCUAGUAAAGGGAUGUCCAACCGCCCUGCAGAUCUCCAACCCUAAUCACAAACACAGGUGAACCAGUUAAUUAAAGUGUUGGAACUGAAGUCUGCAGGACAGUAGCUCACCAGGAGCAAGGUUGGAGCCACAUUGUCUAGUAUGUUACUUUGCAAUGACUACUUUAACAUACAUGCAUUAUAUAAUGCUUAUUAAUAUAAGCAUUUAUAUAUGCAUUUCAGCAAUAAGGUUUAGCGGUGAACAAAAAUAUUAAACAUAUUAUUUAAGGAAAGCAAGUUUUGAAGUUUUCAUACGGGUAAAAUGUUUGUAAAUGUGAGCAAAACCUGAAAUUCCAAUAAAAUUCUUAAAGCAAACAAUUUAUUAUUUACGUUAGACAGAAAUGCCUAUACAGCAGGGAAAAUAAGUAUUUGACACAUCAGUAUUUUUAUCAGUAAGAGGAUUUCUAAGUGGGCUAUUGACACAAAAUUUCCACCAGAUGUUGCCAUCAAGCCAAAUAUGGAAUUCAUACAAAGAAAUCAGAACAUUUAAGUAUACAAGUUGAGUCAUAAUAAAUAAAGUGAAAUGAGACUGUCAGAAUCCCUCCUGAGCAAUGCAGACGACUGGUCUCUCCAUACAAGAGGCGUCUAGAAGCUGUAAUCACCAACAAAGGCUUUUCUACAAAGUAUUAAAGAAAGUGUGUUCAAUACUUAU